CUCAGUACGGCUCAAGCCGCUGCGGUGACUGUGCGGUGGGCAGUGUAGUACUGUAGUACCGUAAUACUAUAGUACCGUAGUACUAUAGUACUAAGUGUGUGUGGUAUGGAUUGCUGACUGUCCUCGUCUACCUCAUUAGGUCGUCAAUAUGAUAAUGAUGUGGCGACUGACGACCCUCCUCGCCUUGAUGGCAGGACGGGCAGUGACGCAGUCCAACUACGCCGACCAGGCCAACAGCAUAGAGUUCCCCAACGAGGGACUUCCAGACUCUACAGUGCUGGACGGCAAAGUCACCAAGCUGGACGAUCUCGCACCCGUCAUCUUCCUCAACCGCACCAAGGCAGCUUUGAACUGUGCGGCUGGCUACAUGCAGAUAGAGCUGAAGUUUGAUGAGCCAUUCUACGGGAUCGCGUACGCCGACUUUGAUCGAACGAGUGCCUGCCAGGUCUCUGGACGGGGGAACCUGACAGCAAGGCUAGAUCUUCCGUUGAAAGGAUGCGGCACCAAACAGGAUCCACAACGAGUUUUCACCAACAACAUUGUGGUCCGUUUUCAUCCUGCAUUGGAGAUGGAUGGUGAUGAAGUGAUCACCAUCGUCUGCCGCUACCCUCCCCCCGUCGCACCCCCACCAGCUGGAAUACCUGGGGCUAUAUUGGAACCCAGUGCACCACUCUUGCCAGUAGCUCCUCCACUGAAGGGAUUUCAAAUCCUACUGAUCAUCUGUGGAAUCUUGUUCCUUUCCCUGGUUCUCCUCGGUCUUGGAUGUUCCUACUACCUUCUCAAACGCAGAAGAGUUCAAGUUGUCCGAAGACAUCCCUUCUCAACUGGAACUGGUUCUGAGAUCACCAAACUGACUGGUUCAAGCCUCAGCAAUAUUUCUAUGUUUGAAGGCUUGAAAAUACCAAGAGCACAUGCAAUUCCUGCUCCAGGAAGUACGUCUGGGUCAGAUGCAGCUUUGGUUAGUGGAGGAGACACUCUACCUAGUGACUACCCAUCAGAAUCUCCGAGCUCUGCACAUUCAGAGGUCGAGGAUAUUGAUACCAGGAGUCUUCAUCGCUCAGUCAGCUCUCAUGGUUCUUACGAGAACAAAGCUUUCAUUCAUCAAGAAGCUUCCAGUAUGUACUCAGAAGGAUAUGUUGCUCAUAGUGAGACAGAAAUCAUGACAGCUGCUUCUAUGAUCAAGAGGCCACCUCCUCCAGAACCCAAAUUUGAUGUGCAAGUUAGAGUAAAACGCGCUCCUCCACCUCCUCCAAGUCCGACACCUCCUCCUUCUGAAUCCGAAGCAAGCUUGAGGAUGCAGGAAAGAAACCUUACUACAAUACUGGAGAGAGAAGAAUUGGUUAGAUCAAUUCCAAAACCAAAUGUACAGACAUUCACUUACGUGCCUGAACUUCAUCCUCCUCCAGCAAAAACUACUCCACCACCUAUCUACUCCAAGGUGAUCAGAAAACCUGGGAAGAUUGUUGAAGAAACUUAUACUCAUGAAGAUACCGUUGAUAUAGUCAGAAGAAGGCCUUCCCUAACUAGCCUCAAUACAGAAAUGACUGAGACUAGGUCUAUGAGUGAAAUUGUAGAGCGGUCACAUCAAAAGCGAGCUCCUCCACCGCCACCGAUAGCUCCAGCGCAGAUGUAUACGAGUGAGAUGGAAGUUCAUACUGAGGAGUUGAUAGAACCUCAGGUCGUUUCUAGGAGACCAGAGAUUACAUCUCAUGUGGUUGAUGAUGUUUUCCUUAGGACCAUCACUGAGAAGCGGACUAUUGAAGAUAUCGAGCGCCAUAGGAGACAGGUUACAGAAUAUCAUCCCAAACCUCCGCCACCCAAGUGGGACGUGACUAUUAGAAACUAUCCAAACCCUGACGCCCAACCGUCUGGAGACGAAGGAACUACGGAUUGGGAGAGCUUCUCUGAAACAUCAUCUCUCUCCAGCUAUGCCACUCCUCAGCCAGAGCGACACAGGAUCCAACAUCAUCGCAAUGAAGUGGACAUACAGCAAAGUUAUAGAAGCACUUUGGAAAUACCAGUGCGUGACCCUAACGUGAGAAAUUGGGACGUUCUGAUCAGAGUGCUAGAACCACCACUUCCGGAAAUUCAACCAGUGGAAGAGCGCCGUGAAACUUACCGAGUGGAGGAAACAUUAACUCUCGAAGAUCGUAAGAAGUGGAGAGAGAUAAUUACUACCGAAUCCACUUUGAGAACUCUUCUAACAGAGGCUACGGUUAGAGAAGACUACGAGAGAAUUAGAAAAGAUCAGAGGUACGAACAACUCUUUGAACCCCAAAAGUGGGAUGUGAUUAUUCGAGUUCUUGCUCCUCCUGAGAAACCUCAGUACGAUCAAAAGGGGGCUCCAGGUAACAACAAGUACCGAAGAAAGGCUGACUGGGACACUCGUAGUAGGAGGAGUUCACUGCCGACACUCUACGAGUACGAUUCAGACGGAGGCUCGUCAGUGAGAACUUUAACAGCUGACCCUAACGGACCUCCAGGAGUUGAUCCGAUCCUCAGAUCCAGACGGACAUCCAGAUCCAGCAUGCGAUCAGAUGGAAUGGAUGUACGAUCUAUGAGUGAGAUGACUGUGGAUUUUGCUCAGAGAAACAUGCCAGACAACAUGAGUGACGCUAGCUCGUAUUACCGACCUAGAAGCUACUACGACGAUGACGAUCUCAUCAGGCACGGCAGAGGAUCUGAGGACGAAGAUGGAGUCAGCUUAGUUCGUUCCGUCAGUCAACCGUCACUAGCCAGAUCUGCCUCUGAGUUCACGGAACAAUGGGGAGUACGGGGACGUCCCUGGGACCUCAGCAGUCCCGAACACUCGCCACGGUCUGCGCGGAGUCAGCGGAUGGCAGGUGCUACGAUGGCCUCCUACAGCGUCCGAGAAACAAGCAGCAGCUACAAGCAGAGCCAGGGAUGGUUCGGAGACGCAGACAGUGAAGCGAGCUACAAAUAACCUUGCAACUCAUACAAUAAUGGUUUAUGUUACUGAAUGUGUCGAACGAUCAACACUUUCACAGCCUUGACAGAGUAACACGGGACUAACAGUCGUGGCAAAUGCAAAACUAACUUAUGUGCCAAAAUCAUUUUAGGAAGGUAUUCUUGUGGCUAAGCCGCAAACAUGCUUGUCUAUGUGUAAAUUUCCCCUCCAUAGUUUUGUAAUGAAUUUCAUAUUUAUAAGUUUUUAAAACGUUCAUAGCUAGAAUAGUGAUGUAUCAAUACGUUUUAGCUAAAUGUAAUAUGUACAUAUGAUUUAAGAUAUAAAUAAAUUAUAGCUUUACAUCGAGAGCUUCUAAAUUAAGAGGGAGACAUAAUUUUAUUGAAGAGUUUUGCCAUGACAUGAGCACUAGUGAUAACCCUGUUUUACAUGGUCGAUAUCUUUGUGAUUGAAGAUAAUUAAUUUAAUGUGAGAUGAUUUAGUUAGUAUGGAAUUAUUAACAAGACUAUUAUGGUUCUAGAAACCAUUCCAGGGCUCAGUUUCUCAUUUUGUAACUCGCCUCAUCUGAGUGGAACUGGGAAGUGAGCACCUUCAUUCCUGAAAAGGUUUUAAUUUAUGGGGUUACCAUUAUGAGAAAAAUAAAUAUCUUUAAUUUUAUGAAAUGGUUUAUAUACAGUAUAGUUUUGUCUAGCAAUACGUUUUUCCACUGUUUCCAAUUACAACAUAAGAAAAAUCAUAUUUUAAAUUGUUUGUUUAAGUUGGGCCCAUCAGUUUUAUAUAACAAUAAAUAGUUAUCUUCAAAUCAAUUAUUAUGUUAUUUAAUUCUGGAUUAAAGGUUGAGAGGACAAUUCCUAUAAAAAUUAUUAUUACAAAGAAUUCUUAAAAUGUAUGUUUAAUUUGUGGUCUUACUCUUGUACAAUAUUGAUAUCUUUUUCAGGUAAUAUUUGAAUUAAUUAUGUUUGAAUUUCCAAAAAUACUGCAAUUCUCUUUCCACUUCUUUAACGUAUUUACCAUUAAAACAAAAACCAACUUCUCCAUUUGAUUGUUAGAAAAAGCCCAUUCACUUAUUAUUGGUAGUCAAAUUUAAGAUUCAAAAAAAUCAACUAGUAAUUUAGAGUCAAUAGAUUUAUCGAACCUCUGUUUCUGUAAUCUCAAAAACCACUAGAAAUAAACUAAAAUUUAACAAAGUAGAACUAAUUUUUCCCUAGAUUUAAGUUCCGCUGGGUUGGGUAUGCUAAGAUAGUCUUCAUUAACUGUUUGUUCUUACAUCAAUUUGGAUGUAUACAAUGAAUAUUUAAAAUCAAACAUGAAAAAAUAUUAAUAUAUUUGUAAUAUAAUCAAAUAACAUUUUUAAAUACAGUUUAAAACAGUG